AUGCCCAUAAUCGUUCCCACCGAAAAUGUGGGUUCCCUGCCCCGUCCGAUGCAGCUCCAGCAGACGUAUGCCGACUACGAUGCUGGCCGAUGUACCAAGAUGGACCUGCUCGAGGCCCAGGACCGCGCCGUCCAGGACACGAUUGAGCGCCUGGAGCGCUGCGGCCAAGACUUCGUGACCGACGGCGAGCAACGUUGCAGCUCCUUCGCCACCUACCCUGUCACAGACACCCUCAACGGGACAGGCCUCAGCCCAAACCUCACCGUCGACGAUCAGUGUUUUACAAUCACCUUCCAAGAUGGCCACACGCGCACCCUGCCCCGUCUCCUUUCCGGGCCCUUCCGCUACCAGACAUACGCAUACGAUAAUUUCAGAGCAUCCCUCAGGUACGCAACAAGAAAACCGAUGAAGGUCGCCGUCAUCGCCCCGUCGAUGAUGUACCUCCUUUACGUCGGCGAGGUCCCCGGAUAUUCCAAGGAACAGUUUAUGCAGGACAUCGUGGACGAGUGCGUCAAGGACGUUCGCGGCUGCUUCGAGGCCGGCGCGGUGCGCGUGUCGAUUGACUUCACCGAGGGCCGCCUCGCGUGCCAGGAAGGAUCGCCGCCGAAUCUGAUCGACGUUUUCAUCAAGCUGCUGGACGACGUGUUGUCGCACUUUACCCCCGAGGAACGCGUUGACAUUGGCCUGCACACCUGUCCUGGCGGCGACUGCGACACGCGCCACUCGGACAUCCAGUCAUACUACCCCCUGCUGCCGAAGCUGUUGAAAGUCAGGGUUGGGUAUUUCUUGAUGCAGAUGCGGUCCGAACCGGAAAAGGAAACGCUCUACAAGUUGAUCGGAGCGAACCUGGCGCCCAAGCUGGACGGGGUCAAGCAGAUCGUCUUCAUCGGCUGUGUCGACCCGCUGACGCCGCAUGUCGAGAAGCCCGAGGCGGUGGCGGACAUGCUGCUCGAGGCCAGCUUUCACAUCCCGCGGGACCAGCUCGGGGCCACGGACGAUUGCGGCUUCUCGCCCUUCAACAACGACCUCAAACCCAAGAGCUGGAGCCCCAACUUUGGGCGGGACAUUGCCUUCAGGAAGAUCAAAGCAAGAGUCGAGGGCGCCAAGCUGGCGAGCGAGGAGUUUGAGCGGUUGGACAGGCAGUCGAUAAUAUUAAAGGCUAGGGCGAAGUCGAAAUCCCCGCCACCGCGGUGA